AUGUCCGUUCCCCAGCAGCGACGGAAAUGGUGGCAUCUGCAAUGGUUCGCAGAUACCGAUACCAAAGAGGAGAGGCGGCUUAUUCUCAAGUUGGACCUGUUAAUCGUCCCGUAUGCAUUUCUGGCAUAUUGGACCAAGUACAUCGACCAGGCAAAUAUCAACAAUGCCUACGUCUCUGGUUUGAAGGAAGAUUUAGGCCUCCACGGAAAUGAACUCGUUCAGCUGCAGACGAUGUACACCAUUGGUGCUGUGUUGGGCCAGUUACCCUUUGCGUAUCUGUUCACCAAGCUGCCGAUGUCGUGGAUUAUCCCUUUCAUGGAUGUUGCAUGGGGUAUUUUUACUUUGGUGCAGUAUCGGGCUACUUCAUUCGCUGAAUUGGCUGCCUAUCGGUUUUUGGUUGGGUGGUUUGAGGCAGCGUUUUUCCCAGGAAUGCAUUAUAUCUUCGGAUCGUGGUAUCGCGGCGACGAGAUUGCUCGCAGAGGAGGAUGUUUCUAUGUCGGCCUCACGCUGGGCACUCUAACGGCGAGCCUCAUUCAGGCAGGAGCAUCCAGCCGUCUGGACGGGGUCAAUGGCCUUGCGGGUUGGAGAUGGAUGUACAUUAUCUGUGCAAUCAUCACUAUCCCUGUUGCCAUGUUGGGUUACUUUAUUCUCCCCGGCACACCGGACAAGCCGAACAAGCUCAUACUGAAGGAGAAAGACGUCCAUCUCGCAAAGGCCCGCCUAGAGCGCGCAGCUCACUCUGUAAAAGAGGAACCGCUCAGCUGGCGCACCUUCAUCAAGGUCGGCCGCAAUUGGAAGUUUUGGGCGCUACUCUGGGUGGAUAUCUUUUUCUGGAAUGCCUGCCUCAAUACUUCCGCUGGUGGUUAUCAGUUAUGGCUCAAGAGUCUAGAACGAUUCUCUACAAGCCGACUCAAUGAGCUCGCCGCGAUCUCUCCAGCUCUGGGCAUCUUCUAUACGCUUUUCGUAUGCUUUGCAUCAGAUUUGAUCCUUGGACCCGCAUGGGCAAUCACUGUCUCCCAUCUAUGGAAUAUUAUCGGUCUUACCAUCCUCGUGAUUUGGAAAGUCCCCGAGUCCGCGCUCUGGUUUGCUUUCUUGACUACUUACUCCGCUGUUGCCAUGUCGAGCGUCCUCUACGGCUGGAUAAAUAGCCAGAUGCGCUAUUCGCCUGUUGAGCGUUCCCUGACGCUUAUUGUUGUCAAUACUGUCGCGCAGUCAACAACUUGUUGGACACCUUUGCUGGUUUUCAAGACGGUCGAGGGGCCGCGCUUUACGAAGGGAUACUCGUUUGUUCUUGCGAAUGCGGUCUGCUUGAUUGCUUUGUCGCAUAUUGUUCAGUUUUUUAUUAGAAGAGAGGAGAGGGCCAAGGCCGGAAGAGGCAGCAGUAUCUCUGAGUCAGAUAGUGCGGAUGAUUCAACCAAUCUAGAAUCUGGGCCACAAGAAAGUAAAGUUGUUGGCAAAUUCUCUCAGUCGUUGUAG